CUGCUGAGCGCGCGGGACAGAACUGCAUGCUUCAGGCAAAAGCGCGUGAGGGGGAAGAGAGCGGCGCACGCGGAGGCUGUACUCUUCUCAUGUGCCUAGAGGAGCCGAGGCUGGGUUCCACUCCACUGGCCAUGCUGGCUGCGACGUGUAACAAGAUUGGGAGUGGAAGCCCUUCUCCCUCCGCCGUGCCGGACAACCCAUCCUCCUUCGCCAAGAGCUUCCAGGGCUUCCACCCGUGGAAGCGCGCGGCGCUGACCGGUAGUGGCAACAGCAAUGGCAGCAGCUGUAGUGGCGGAGGCGGCGCGAGCUCAGCCCUGGUCUCCUACGGCGCAAGGAGCAAUGGAGUCGGAGUCACAGGUGGCAGUGAGUCACUGUGCACGAGCGGUGCCGCGACGGCGGGCGGCUCAAGUGCCUUCUCCCUCACGUCAUCGUCCAGCGCAUCAUCCGGGUCUCACUUCUCCAGCGACUACUCCGUCUUCCCUUCUGGCAGCUCCCAGGAUGUCUUCCUGUCUGCGAAGGUGGACGGGCUGCAGGGCAUCUACCCACGCGUGAGCGUUGCCACACACCCCUAUGAGCCCUAUGCCUCGGCAUGGUGGGAUGUCGGCGCAAGUUGGGUAGACGUGCAGGGCGCGGGCACACAGCCUCAGGCUCCUCCGCUGCACGCAGGGCCGUCCCUGCACUCGCCACUGCAUGGCUACGGGUCAUCCUCGGACUUCGCAAGCCUGAGCCAUGCAGCGUUCGGCACCGGCACGUCACCACACCUGUUGAGCGGGCAGCACCUGAUAGACGGGUUCAAGCCCAUGCUCUCAUCGCCAUACGGGGACUCAUGCGCUUCUGGAGGGGCCAUGCUGACUGCAGGGGCUCCGCCACCAUCCUCUUCAUCGUCCUCGUCGUCACCGCGCUCCUCUGCGCGCCGCUACGCAGGUCGCGCCACCUGUGACUGUCCCAACUGCCAGGAGGCUGAGCGGCUGGGACCCGCGGGUGCCGCAAGCAUGCGCAGAAAGGGACUGCACAGCUGCCACAUCCCGGGCUGCGGGAAGGUGUACGGCAAGACAUCGCACCUGAAGGCACACCUGCGCUGGCACACGGGAGAGCGGCCGUUUGUCUGCAACUGGCUCUUCUGUGGGAAGCGCUUCACACGCUCCGACGAGCUCCAGCGGCACCUGCGCACGCACACCGGCGAGAAGCGCUUCGCGUGCCCUGUGUGUGGCAAACGCUUCAUGCGCAGCGAUCACCUUAGCAAGCAUGUAAAGACGCACAGCGGCGCCGUAGGACCUGGGGGCUCCGGAGGGGGCUCUGGGGGUUCCGGAGGGGGAAAACGGGGCAACAGUGACACGGAUAGCGAGCAGAGCGGGGCAGGCAGCCCUCACUGUGGGACACCCGAGCUACUGCAGCCUGCAGAGGCAUGAACCCCUGCACCCCCCCAAACCGAACCUGCACUGGGGAGCUGAUUCACCCCAAACCAGGGCAAAACAUUGAUCUGGACUGAGGGGCUGAUUUGCCUCAUCCCAGGCUAAGAAAUGAACCUGAACUGGGGGGCAGGUUUACUGACUGACUCCAAAUCAAAGGGAGGAAUUGGCCUGGUUUGGAGGGUCCAUGUCCCCAAACCAGGCCUAAAAGUGGACCUGGAGGGUUGGUGUGCCUCAAGGCAAAAAGGGACCUGCACUGGGGGAUAAUUUACCUCAAAUCAGGGUGAAAACUGUACCUGCACUGGGGGGUGGGGUGGGCAUAACUUGUCUGAAACCAGGGCAAAAAUGGACUUGGAAUGGGGGAUUCUUUGCCUCAAACCAGGCCAAGAAAUUGAUCUGGAUUGGGAGGCUCAUUUACUCAAAAUGCACCUGGACUGGGGGGACUGGUUUGUCCCAAACCAAGGCGGAGAAGAGACCUGGACUGAGGGCUCAUUUCUUGUCCCUGGGCAAAAUCGGACUUAACCGUGGGAGCCUUUAUUUGAAGAAAGGAAUCGGAUCGUCCAGCUCAUUCAUUUACCCUGCAAAACUGCAGAAAGGACAACAAACAAACAAACAAACAUACAUACAAACAAACAUACAAACACACAAACAAGACAAACGCCCAGCUCAUUUAUCCCCCCGCGCGCUGCCCCAAACCGGGACACAAAUAUAACAUAAAUAUACAGGACAGCUGGGUUACGUGUCACCUCCGGAUCUGCGGGUCGGUGGGGGGGCUGGAAAGUCCAAACAGGGUCCAUAAAAACGGACGGAACUUCGAUCCGUUUUACAGGAUUUUUACUGGACAACAAGAACUAGAAAGCAGAGAAAGUGACCCCCAGCGGCCGCGCUGCCCGGACCGGCUCCGCGCGGACGGGUUGGGGGACAGUUUGCGUAGAGCGCGCGGUACUGACGGGUACGUACUGCAUAAAGCCUCGUGUGCUUUAAUGUUUAACCUGCUUUAACGCCGGUGACGCGACACUUUCCUGCUGUUUGUUGUUUUGAUUAUUUUCUCCAAACCAAACCGGCACUUUAUCGAGUCUGUGUGGCGGGAAAAACCCCGCGCGCGGCCUCGUCUUUCAUCUCUUUCAUUCUGGGGAGAUUUAAAAAUAGCCUCUCUGUAUGUACAGAUCCCGCACGCGUGAGUGAGUGUGUGUGUGUGUCUGAGUGUGUGUGUGUGUGUGUGUGUGUAUGUCUAAGUGAGUGUGUGUA